AACAAAUAGAGCUAACUGGCUUGUGGCUUGAGGGUUGGAUUCGCAGCAUUUGAAGCACGCGGUCCAUUCCGCUGCGUGCUGAGCGUGACCACACACACACCGCGCAACGGUCCGGCAGCUCAGUUCGCAACGAGUCGCCGUGCGAGCAGGUCGGUGUCACAUCUACGAAGCACUGAAUCGGAACGGGAAUAUGCACACACGAAGCGUACGUACGGUGGCCACGUUCGGGCUGCUUUUGCUGCAGCUGACCGGUAACUGCUGCAUCGCUCAACCACAGUCAAUCAACGCGUUGGAGCUAAUUGUCGACCGUAUCGAUACGGUACUGGAGCAGACACUACCGAUCGGUCCCUGUCGGCUGGAUAUUAACCGAACGCUGGAAGCUGCACGCAACCAUGAAGAAUGGGCUAUGACAAUGUUGGAUGCUACGGUGAAGUUUCCGGACGCGAUCGGGCUCGGUGCACGCGACCAUCUCGGUAGCUACGAUGAGUGUUUGAUGAGUGACCGAACGUUCGUGCGAGCGCAGUACUGUUUGGCGCGCGUCUCCAUGGUUGGGUUCCGAACGCUGCAACCCACCGAUCGGUACGAUAGCACAAACAUCACGGCCCAGAUACGUUGGGGUGUCUGUAUACCGGCUGGUUGUACCGAGCACGAUGUGGAACGGUUGCUGUCCGGUGUCAGCGGAUACGAGGUGAGUGCCGUUUCGUGCCAGGACGGAACGCUACCGACCAAGGCCGGGUACGAUCGGAUGCAGAUAUGUAGUGCGUGCGUACUGCUCGCGUUCGUGCUGAUGGUGGUAUUUAGUACGCUGUACGGUGCUGGUGGUGCUGGCACGAGUAAAAGUGAAUGUGCCGGUGAAAAAACCUCCACCGGUGUAGCGGUGCUGCGUGCAUUCUCUGCCGUGGACAAUCUACGCAAGCUCGCCCAGCUGUCGAAGGAUGAUCAUGGGCUGGGAUGCAUCAACGGUAUCAAGGCGCUGUCGAUGGUAUUCAUACUCGGUGGACAUGCGCUCGUAUUUAUGGCCGGCGGUCCGCUGCUGAAUCCGGGCUUCUUUCGCGAACAGAGCCGGCUGCUGCAGAAUGCAUUCCUGCUUAAUUCACCCCUGCUGGUGGAUACGUUUCUGCUGCUGAGCGGGUUCCUGUUUGCCCGGCUGCUACUGCUGGAGCUGGACAAACGGCAGGGCCGGCUUAACUUUGGGCUGCUGUACAUGUUCCGGUAUAUACGGCUGACACCGGCCUAUCUGGCAGUGAUUGCCCUGUACGCUACCUGGCUACCACGGUUAGGCGAUGGACCACUGUGGAAGGAGCGGAUCGAGCUGGAACAGGCACGGUGCCAGCAGAGCUGGUGGCUAAACGUGCUGUACGUGAACAACUACUUCGGCACCGACCGGGUGUGCAUGUUCCAGUCAUGGUAUCUUGCCACCGAUACGCAGCUGUUCGUGUUGGCUCCACUGCUGCUCUAUCCGAUGUGGCGGUACGGUCAUCGGGUCGCACUAUUGCUGCUCGGAAGUGUUACCUUUACCUCCAUACUGGUACCAUUCUACGUCACCUACGUACGACAACUCGAUCCAACGUUUAUGAUAUUUACCGCUGAGGUGAGCGAUCUGCAGUCGAACGAAUAUUUCGUUAAUGUGUACGGUAAAACGCAUCUGCGCGCGACAGCCUAUCUGUUCGGUCUGCUGGUCGGCUAUCUGGUGCACUGGAUGCAGAUCAAGAACGUGCGAAUCGGACGACGAAAGCUAGCACUGUGCUGGAUCGUGUCUACCGUGUGCGGUUGUACCGCGAUGUUUUCACUGACCGCGUUCUACACCCGGCUCGGUACCGGCAACUAUCUCUAUAACGCACUGUACGCCGGUCUGCAUCGGUUUGGCUGGAGCCUAUCGAAUGGGUGGCUCGUGCUGGCAUGCGUCACCGGUCACGGCCGGACACUGAAACGGUUCCUUUCCUGGCGUGCAUUUGUACCACUCAGCCGGUUGACGUACUGUGCGUACCUUACGAAUGGACUGGUCGAGCUGUAUCUUACCGCAUCUCGCCGUACAUCGCUCUACGCAAGCAUCGCGACGCUGACUGCCGAAUCCAUCGCGCACAUGAUACUAACGUUUCUGCUAGCAUUGCUUCUUUGUCUAAUGUUCGAGUCACCCAUUCAUGGGCUGGAGAAGAUAUUGCUUAGCCGUUUCCGGCCGGCGCAUCCGAGUACCAUUGCCAGGGAGCAGGAAACGAACAGUCUCAGUACGAACAACACGCACAGCACUUCGGAGGAGGCAUAGUUCGAUGUAAGAAACAAAACAAAAGAAAAAUCGCAAGCUUGGUAUGCCGAGCUAUUGCUAUUGGGUGGCUGGAGCAUUUGUAAAUAUAUUACAUUAAGCAUUUUACACAAACACACACAUACACGGAAACACAAAAAAAAACAAAUACAUCUACACAAAUAAACGUAAGCGGACAGUGUUUAAGGUUUAAUAAAGUCGUUAUUUAUA